CACGUGAUGCAUCCGCCAUUACAACCGUGAAACCCGUGAGCCGUGAAAGAUGUAUAAAGAUGGAGGGGGCGAAUCGUGUGCGGUAUUUAACUGUUUUAACAACAGAAAAAAAAUUUAUUUGUGGAAGCAUUCUAUCUGCAAAGUUCACGGUGACAUUCUCCACAAAGAUUGUCCGUGCAUUGUUCCAUACAGCCUUCACAAGAUGCCUAAAGCGGAGCCCGAAAAACUUCGAUGGCAACGAGCACUGCAUCGCAAUGAUUUGCCGAAGAAUGUGUUUGUGUGUUCAACACAUUUUAUAGAUGGGCGACCAACUGCAAGAAAUCCCAUACCCAGUCUGAAUUUAGGUUAUGAAGCUCCCAUAAAAGUUGGUCGUCGACUUUUGAAAAGGAAGUUUGUUGCAGAACAAAAGACGGAUGGGACAGAAGUUAUAAAACAACAAAAACUGGCUGCUACUGCUGCAGAUGAAUUUGAAACCCUCAACAUUCAGACUGAACCAAACAUGACAUCUUCUUCUGUGCAAACGAGCAUACAGAAAGCAGAUCUGCAGGCACACAGUGGACGGAUCUCACACUGUGUGAACAUGAAUAUGCAAACCAUUCCUUGCAGGAUAAAACACAAACAAGUUUUGUACUGCAAUCACUUUGAACAACCCACUACAUUUACUAUGCCUGUGUCAGAUAAGUCUUAA